AUGGAUCUUGAGCUGCCGAACUGGGAUUGCCAUAAUAGCUCUGUUACUGAAGGCAGGUUACUAAUUCUUUGGAGAAGGAAUUUUGUGAAAGUUAAUAUCAUAAAGGAGUCGUCUCAAGCGGUUCAUUGUUUGGUUAAGAUGAGUAGUAUUCAGCAAAGUUUUGGGGUCACCUUUGUGUAUGGUUUUAACUCUAUUGAAGGGAGACGCUAUCUUUGGGAUGAUCUACAUAGGCCUUUUCUGUUGGACAAAGCUUGGCUAAUUUUAGGGGAUUUUAAUGCUCCUUUUUCAGGUAAGGAUAGAUUGGGAGGAAAGCCUAUCUCAGGUCUUGAAUUAGAAGAUUCAAUCCGGUGGCUGGCUGGUGCUCAUUUUGAGCCUUUAAGAAGUGUUGGGUCCUAUUUCACUUGGUCUAACAAUCAAGAGGAUCACUGUUCUAGCCUUGUUAGACUUCAAACACCUGCGAUUAUAGGCUCUAAACUAUUCAGGGAUAGAGUUGGUGAUAUUGGUGCUAACUACCAUAAAUCUAAAGAGUCUUAUCAAGAAGCUAGGAUGCAAGCCCAAGCUCACCCUCAUGAUCAAUGUUUUCAGGAAGACGAGAAGCUUGCUGCUGAAGCUUUUUCAGUUCAGGAAAGACUGUACUACAGUUUUCUUGUCCAAAGGAGCAAAAUAACUUGGCUGCGUCAGGGUGAUUUGAACACCUCGUUUUUCUAUGCCAGUUUAAAGAAGAGAAAGGCAGAAAACAGCAUUGUUUCUUUCAUUAAUGAAGAUGGUUGUUUAAUUGAUAACUUCUCUGAGGUUGUUUCUCAUUAUGCGGGGCACUUCAGAGGGGUUUUGGGCAGUGCUAGUUCGGCCUCUUGCAUUCUGAAAGUUCAACAUAUAGAGAUGGGUCCCAGACUUUCAGUCGAUCAACAGGUGUUGCUGCUGAAACCUUUUUCCAAGAAGGAAAUUAGGGAGGUUUUAUUUAGUAUACCUAUUACCAAAUCUCCAGGUCUUGAUGGUUAUGGUUCUGGUUUCUUUAAAUCAACUUGGCAUGACAUAGGGGAUGAGGUUUGUACAACCAUUUUGCACUGUUUUGAGACAGGUAGAUUUCCACCUGAACUUCAUGAGACUACCUUGUCCUUAAUUCCGAAGGUGGAUAGCCCUUCUAGGGCUAUUGACUAUAGGCCCAUUGCUUGCUGCUCUACUCUGUACAAGUGCAUGGCUAAGCUAUUAUGUAAGAGGCUAGAGGUUGUUCUCCCUGAUCUUGUUCAGGCUAACCAAGGGGCUUUUGUUAAAGGUCGCACCAUUGCCCAUAAUAUUAUGAUUUUUCAAGAUCUUAUAAAAAACUAUGGGAGGUCGUCUACUUCUUCGAGAUGUGCUAUCAAAAUUGAUCUUAGUAAGGCCUAUGACAUGGUUGAUUGGGACUUUCUUGAGGAUCUUUUAAAUGCUCUUAGCUUUCCCAAGAAAUUCAUAGGUUGGGUAAUGACUUGUGUUAGAAGCGCAUCUUAUUCUCUUGUGCUAAAUGGCAUAAUCCAAGGCAAGUUUAAAAGGAAGAAAGGGCUGAGACAAGGCAACCCCAUGUCUCCUUUGUUGUUUGUCCUUAUCAUGGAGUAUUUAACAAGAAGUUUCCAAUUCGCAGCUCUUAAUUGCCCUUUUAGAUAUCAUCCUAUGUGCAAAAGUCUUAAGCUAAUUAACUUGUGUUUUGCGGAUGAUCUGCUUGUUUUUUGUAAAGGUUCUCUACAGGCUGUUCGAAGUGUUAAGGCAGUUCUUGAAGAUUUCGCUUCUGUUUCAAGUCUGUCUAUUAAUACAGGGAAGUCUCAGAUUUUUUUUGGUGGUGUCCCGAGUAUUGAAAGAUCCAGAAUUGCUCUGGAUAUAAAUCUUUCAGAGGGAUCCUUUCCUCUAAAGUAUCUUGGGGUCCCCAUGAGACCUACCAAGUGGAAACAUGCUGAUUGUGAGGUGAUUAUUCAGAAAUAUAGAUUGAAAAUUCAGAAUUGGAUGAGUAGACAUCUCUCCUUCGCUGCCUAUGGAGGGCUGGGUUUCAGAGAUGGUGCAAUCUGGAACUGUUCAGUUUUAGCUAAAUAUAUUUGGGCAAUAUCAACUAAUCCUGAUUUGCUUUGGGUCAAAUGGAUAAACUCCAUUUAUUUGAAAGGGGUUAACAUUUGGAAUUAUGAAUUGAAAGGCGACUGCAGCUGGUAUUGGAGAAAGCUUUGUCGAAUCAAGGCUUAUUUUGGUCCUGCUGCUAUAAUUUCAGCUGGUAUACAAGGUAAGUUUCGGUCUGGCAAUUUGUACAACAGUCAGUUGGUUCAGCAAAAGGUGGAAUAUCAAAGGACUGUAUGGAGUAAGCAAAUUCUUCCUAAACAUAGGUUUAUGUUGUGGCAAGCAAUUAACUCCCAUCUUCUAACCAGGGACAACCUCACCAAGAUGCACAUUCAAAUUGUUUCAAGCUUAUGUCCGGUCUGUGAGAGCAGUUAUGAGAGUCACUCUCAUCUGUUUUUUGAUUGCACUCUAUCAUCUCAAUUGGUUAGCUGCAUUUUCAAGUGGCUGGGGUUUGUGGCUUGGCCUCUGGAGUUCAAGAACUGGUUGGUUUGGCUAGCUAGAGCUCGAAAUGGUGCUAAAGCUGAUAUAGUUAACAUGAUCUUUGCAGUAGUUAUUUACAAUUUAUGGAAGAAUAGAAAUAGGUGUAUAUUUGACUGUUACUCCUCAUCUGUUAUGAGUUUAGUUCAGGAUGUUAAGUUCACAACUAAGUUUAGGCUUUACAAAGUGUACAGACACCAACUUUCGGUUCAAGAUCAGUUGUUCAUGAAUCAUAUUCUUUGUAAUUAG